UCCUGCAGGUCAGAGCAUCAAAAUCAUAAACACCUCUGGUGGUCAGGUCAUCGAUACUUGGGCCUUUGCGUUGCCGCAACCCGCGCCGCGGAAGGAUGUAGAGGAGAAGACAAAGGCAGAAGCACGUAGCGACGAGAGCGCGAAAGCCGCAGAGAAGGUCAGGGGCAAGAGUGCCGACCUGCCUAGUCAAGAAGAAGCUGAACAGGCAACAAGAGAAGCACACCUUCAGGCUGAAAAGGCUGAGCAAGAUGGCAAGAAGAGCGGAUGGUCAUCUUAUGUGCCAUCGCUCUCCACCGUAGGCUUGGGAGGAAAGAAGGCCGAGGACACCAGCGAGGCCAACCAGAAGAAGAAUUCUAGAUCAUGGUCGGAAUACUUCAAGCCCGGAAAGGGCGUGAGUUCGUACAUGCCAGAGGUGGCGUCGAAUACCGUGUCGAAGUUUGUCAAUAUACAUAAUCGGGAUACGUCCAAAUCGUAUUUGGAACAGCUCCAGGAUUUCUCCAAAACGCCAGUAGGAGCUGCAGGCAUGUCGGCGCUGACAGGAAGUGGAUAUAGUGGCUCUCUCUAUGCUGGUUAUCAAGCCUGGAACGCGCGAAAUGCAGCCGAUGCACCAAGCAUGGAAGUCAUGUCCAUGCCUCAUUCUCGAGCAUCGACCUUGCACAUGGUUCCUAGAGUUGGAGAUACUUGGGUGACUAACCUCCGAGAGCCAAUUUUGACGCUAGAGGAAGACACUUCGCCUGGAGUCCACGACACUUUGAUUGCCGCUUGCGAUCCUCAAAGAUAUCAUGAGCUGGGCGUCGAGAAGUGGGAGGAGCAUGGUUCAUGUGCCGAAAAUCUGGUUCUCGCGCUCAAGGAACUCAACGAACGAGCAGGACUGAAAGGUGCAAAGGCUGUAGGUGCCGAUGUGACUAUCAACAGUGUCCCAGCUCCGCUGAACCUGUUCAUGAACAUUCCGUGGAACCCACCUGGAAAUCUGAGCUUCAAAGCGCCACGAUCGAAGGCUGGUGACUAUGUACGCUUCAAAGCUGAGCGCGAUGUGGUGGUGGUUAUGAGCGCCUGUCCUCAAGACGUCUUGGACAUUAACAAUCGCCACCCGACAGAUGCCCACUUUAUCGUUGAGGAAGAAAGUACAGCGUCAGCUAUCAAGAGAACUACGGCGCCUAAGAAGAAGCCACUUCAACGCAAGGCUUCGACAGCAAACGCGACCGCAGGUGCUUCAAACACUCCUGCCCCCACGUCAGUAAAAAAGAACCCAAUACCAUCAAAGCCGCCCCCAAAGACGACUGCGCAAGCUCCACAAACACCAAAAGCUGUGCAAGCCCAACCAGCCAAGAAGACAACUCAGCCAGCGAAGGCGCCUGCUCAGCCUGUGAAGACUCCCGCUCAGCCUGCAGCAAUACCCAUCAAGAAGAAGCCUGUACCUCCAGCGGUCAAGCCGCAACAGACCAAUGGCACUACUGUUGAGAAGAAAAAGCCUCGGAAGCUCGUCAGGCAGCCCUCUGAAGCGUAGUAGCUGGCCCCUUUCACACUGUAGAACAUGAUGAUUUGGCGUAAUGUAAAAGUCAUGGGAAUUAUUUUCGUGGUUGGAAAUAUACAAGGACAGCCAGCACGUGGUCAAGUUCUCGGCUAAUGUUACACAGCUUGGGCGAUGUAAGAUCGACAGUCGGUACGUAUCACACAAAUUACUCCGUCCG